AGCGCUACCUAGCACACCGCAAACCGAUCCACUACACGCAUUGGUCUCGCGAAUAAGAACCUCUGAAAAAAAGAGAAGAACAGAAACAGAAACCGAACAACGCGAACGAAACCACAGACCACGUCCCCGGUAGGUGCGGCCACCGAAUGCCCGCGAGUAAUUAGAGAAAGAGAGCUGCCACAGUAGUCCAAAGGAAAACCGCCGGCCACUGGCCACUACGCGGCACCAUUUCAUUCCGUUCGCGGCACUCGAUCCCAACGGACGCAUUCCGUCGCUCAUCUCGCACGAGUUUUUCCUCGCUACAUAUCGAUUUUCCAUCGGCCCUACUCCCGGGGGGGUGCUACAGGUGUUUCCGACGCGAGUUAUCCAUCUCUGGAACGUGCGCUGCACAGCCUUUUAGCGGCCUUUGGCGGUAGAAGAGGUGAAAUCUAAAGCCACCGAAAAACCGAAAAAAGGCAAACGAAGGCGUUCCAGUGGUCGGAUACAAUUCCUCUUGUGACGUGCGCGUUGUACGCUUGCGAAGUGUUGCAAAAUGUUCCGUCGUAUCGAGUGAUGCGUUUAGCGAUUAGUGGAAACGAGGUGCGUUGUUUGCGCUGCUUUCUGUAGUGACCGCUAACGCGAUUAAAGCGACUUCUCAGACGGUUUAUUAAAAGAGAUUUCGCUGCACCGUCUGGCAUUCAUCGCUUCAAGGUGGUGCAUCACAACGAACGAAUCAUUAUUGUUCAUCUGUAAUCAGAAAUCCUAUCGUAGAAUGGAGUUCACCUUAUCCAUCGAUGAAGAAAAUGCCCUCACCCUGUACGAGGAGCUGGAACAAACGGACAUUAAUCCGACGAAUUUGAAUGUCAACUGCUGCUGUGGUCUGCUGAGAACCUCACCUUUCCAUCUGCCCAAAUCAUCCUCAAGCUCAACCGAAAGGUUACAGCACGCCGAUCAAGAGCACCAUGCACACUCCUUAAGAGCACAAAACGAUCAUGCUACACAUCAGCACGCUAAUCCCACCGAGAGCUGUGACGAUUGCGAUGGCUGCGACACCAAAGAUGCUAGCGAUCGCUGGCGGAACAAUGUCGGUCAACGUAACAAUCGCUACCGAACCUUCGGGUUGCUCGAGUCCAGUAUUCUCAACAGCUUCCAGUUGCAAAGCUUCCGUCGCAAAGCGCCGAGUGCCUUCGAUUCAACAAGCUCAUCGGGCCAAACCAGCUGCAGCUCUACAACGUCCAGCAUGAUCGAGGAUAUCUCCGAUAAGAUCGAGGAAAUCGACAAACUCGAUACGAAUAUCCAUUCGCUCAUGUACAAAUCGGUGCAGCUGCAUAAUGACAUUCUGUCGCUGGAAGCCACCACAAACCGCCUAAUUGCCGAUACGAAGAAGCUGUCGGAUGAAAUGGACGAUGUGCGGUUUUUGGAUGAACUGAUAACGAUCCUGAAUGGAGACAUUGGGCCCGUGAUACACCGUGAGUGGCCCUACAAAAUCGACACCGACGCUCCGAUCGAGGAGGGAACACCGGUCACGUAACUCUCGACACGUCAGCGGCACGCUCACCACCAGUAGUCCAGUUUGAGAGGGUGUAUUAGCAAAGCAAGCAAGCAUCGUGAUAUUAGCCAUUCGAUGAGAGUAUACCAAGCAAGAAAACAUGAAGAUAGUGUUGAGAGGUGGGGGAUAGCACUAGUUUUCGGUUCAGUAAAUAUAAGGGCCAUGUCAUGACCAACAAGUCCUCGUCACCAAAUAAUCGUCGCUGUCUGAACGUGGAGCUUCUGAAGUGUCACCCGCACGUUCCGUACAGCAACGAAUGAAGCCAAUGUAUAGAAUAUAGCGCCAACAGGUUUCUAAAUCAA